GCGUACCGUGUGUUGUUUGGCUUUGAUAAAAAUUUAUUUAUUAAUUUAAAAUAUUUAAAACCAGUUUAAAAUAGGCUUUAACAUGAUUUUUGUGGUGUUUUUUAAUUGAUUUGUAAUUCUUGUCGAGUUCUGGUUCCUAUAAACUUCACAUCACAAUGUCAGACUCAGAAGGCAGUCGGUAUUCGGAUGCAGGAUCGGUCAGAUCCAGGAGUAGGAGUUCCAGAGGCAGUGUUAGGUCAAGACAGAGCCGAUCAGCAUCUAGGUCCAGAUCACCAAGCAGAUCCAAAUCAAGGUCUAGAUCCCGAAGUGGAAGUAUAAGAUCUAGGUCUAGGAGUGUUUCUAGAAGUAGAUCGAGAAGUAGGAGUAAGAGCCAGGGUAGAAGUAGAAGUGGAUCAAGAAGAUCUGGAUCUGAAGCUAGAGAAGCUUCAGAACCUGAAGAAGUUCAAGAAGAAGAAGAACCUGACGGACAUAGUCUAAGAGAUAGUGAAGAAUAUGAUUCAGAGGAGGAUGACAGUGACGAAGGUGGAAGAUCCAAGAAAAGAAAGAAGAAGGACAGAUAUGGUGGUUUCAUUAUUGACGAGGCCGAGGUUGAUGACGAAGUGGAAGAUGAAGAAGAUUGGGAAGAUGGAGCCCAAGAAAUCGGCAUCGUUUCCAAUGAAUUAGACGAAUUUGGACCUACUGCGAGAGAAAUUGAAGGCAGAAGACGAGGCACGAAUUUGUGGGACGCUCAAAAAGAACAUGAAAUUGAAGAAUAUUUACGUAAAAAGUAUGCGGAAGAUGGAGCAGCCUCCAAACUUUUCGGUGAUGGUGGAGAGGAAAUGUCAGACGAAAUUACCCAGCAGACAUUAUUGCCAGGUGUCAAAGACCCCAAUUUAUGGAUGAUAAAAUGUCGAAGCGGAGAAGAAAAGUCAACAUGUUUGUUGCUUAUGCGCAAAUUUUUAUCUUACCAAAGUACCAAUAACGCUUUACAAAUAAAAUCAGUUGUAGCCCCUGAAGGAGUUAAAGGUUACAUUUAUAUUGAAGCUUAUAAACAACCUCAUGUUAAAGCUGCAAUUGAAAGUGUAGGAAGCUUGAGGAUAGGUAUUUGGAAGCAACAAAUGGUACCCAUAAAAGAAAUGACUGAUGUUUUGAGAGUCGUCAAAGAGCAAACUGGCCUAAAAUCUAAACAAUGGGUUAGACUUAAGAGAGGUUUAUAUAAGGAUGAUAUAGCGCAAGUGGAUUAUUUCGAUAUGGCCCAAAAUCAAGUACAUUUAAAGAUAUUGCCAAGGAUUGACUAUACUAAGCUAAGAGGUGCUUUAAGAACCACCCAAUCCGACUCUGAAGCUGAAAAAAGAAAGAAGAAACGUCGUGCUGCUGCAAAACCUUUCGAUCCUGAAGCAAUUAGAGCCAUUGGUGGAGAAGUGACAUCCGAUGGUGAUUUUUUAAUAUUUGAAGGCAACAGAUAUUCUAGAAAAGGAUUUUUAUAUAAAAACUUUACUCUAAGUGCUGUUAUAGUUGAUGGAGUGAAGCCUACUUUAGCUGAAUUGGAAAGGUUUGAAGAACAACCAGAAGGUAUUGAUUUGGAGUUGCCAGCAGAAAAAGAAGAUAAAACUGUAACUCACUCUUUUAGUGCUGGAGAUAACGUGGAAGUGUGUGAAGGUGAAUUGAUUAAUUUGCAGGGUAAAAUUAUGAGUAUUGACGGGUCAAUGAUCACUAUAUUGCCCAAACAUGAAGAUUUGAAAGAUCCUUUGGUUUUCCAAGCGAAUGAAUUGAAAAAAUAUUUCAAAAUGGGAGACCAUGUUAAAGUUUUGUCAGGUCGUUACGAAGGGGACACUGGUCUGGUUGUCAGAGUUGAAAACAACCGCGUAGUUCUAAUAUCUGACUUGACAAUGCAUGAAAUGGAAAUUUUGCCCAAAGAUUUGCAACUGUGCAGUGACAUGGCUAGUGGAGUGGACUCUUUGGGGAAAUUCGAAUGGGGCGAUUUGGUUAAUCUAGACGCAGAAACUGUGGGCGUUAUUGUGAGAUUGGAAAGGGAAAACUUUCAUGUUUUAAACAUGCAUGGCAAAGUGGUGGAGUCUAGGCCAAGUUCUUUGCAGAAACGUCGAAUAAAUAGGUUUACAGCUGCUUUGGAUUCAUAUAAGAACAGUUUACAUAGGCGAGAUAUGGUGAAGGUUAUAGAUGGUCCUCAUUCAGGUUUCUCAGGUGAAAUCAAACACCUCUAUCGCAACUUUGCAUUUCUUUACUCUGUAGAGUUUCUGCAAAACGGUGGAAUAUUCGUUUGCAAAACUAAACAUUUGCAAUUGGCCGGUGGCAAUAAAAUUAUUGCCAACAACGAUCUUGGAACGGGAAUCGAAUACAUGUCUCCGAGGAGAGGUUCCCCUUUGCAUCCCUCAAGUGGUGGUGCACCACCAUCUAUGGGCGGAGGCUUUGGUGGCGGGCCACGUGGUGGUGGCGGUGGUAGAGGCAGAGUGAGCCGUGAUAGAGAUAUUAUAGGAACCACCAUCAAAAUCACUAGAGGCCCGUAUAAAGGCAACAUCGGUAUUGUUAAGGAUGCCACUUCAAGUACUGCAAGAAUUGAAUUGCACACAUCUUGUCAGACUAUUUCUGUGGACCGCAACCAUAUUCAAGACGUUGGUACUCCAACAAAAGAUGGAUCCAUUUCCAGUUAUGGCCGUACACCAGCUUACACUGGAAGCCAGACUCCGAUGUACAGAGAUAUCGGUAAUAAAACUCCAAUGGCAGAUUCUGGAUCGAGAACACCAUUGCAUUAUGGCUCUAUGACGCCUAUUCAUGAUGGAUCCAGGACGCCGAACGCUAACUCGGAAUGGGAUCCUAGUGUACCAAAUACUUAUCCUUCACCUGCAUAUAAUCCAAGCACUCCUGGUGGUAUGAAUGCGCCCUUCACACCUCAAACUCCUGGAGGUGUAUAUGAGUCUACUUACAGUCCGUAUGGUUAUCAGAGUGCAAUUUCCACUCCUUCUCCUGCUACAGCGAGUCCCUUUGGGAUACACGAUCCAGGGUAUGGGCAAUCUCCUGCAAGUAACAAUCCCUACAACACUCCAAGUUCAGGUUACAGCCCUGUAGGGCCCUACAAUCCUCAAACACCAGGCGCUGGCUUAGACGUAUUACCAAUGACUGACUGGCAUACAGUCGAUAUUGAGGUUAAAAUACGAGACAGUCAUGAUGACACAGGUUUAGCGGGACAAAACGGUUUAAUCCGGAGCAUAUCUGGAGCAAUGUGUUCAGUGUUUUUGCCCGAUGAGGACAGGGUGGUGAAUAUUUUAGCUGAUCAUCUUGAUCCAGUUAGGCCACAGAGAGGUGACCAAUUCAAGGUUAUCAUCGGUGAAGAACGAGAACAAACAGGAGAACUUCUCUCAAUUGACGUACACGAAGGCGUUGUUAAAAUAAAGAAUGAGAUAACGAUGUUGCCUUUACAGAAUUUGUGUAAAAUGCGCAAGUUGUAAGAAAUCUUCAAAUAUUUUAGAAUUAUUGUUCUAAUCUGAAUAGGACUUUUCAAAUGUACACAUAGGUACAUUCUUAAAUGUUUGAUUUCAGGGCAACAAAAUGAAAUAAAACAAUUUCAAACUGAUUUUACAGUAUUUAUUUAAAACCAUACUUGAUUAUAAAAGUUUUAAAAUUGGAAUGAACGUGUUAAAAAAUUUAAUAAAAUGUCAAGGCGAAUAUUUCAGUUAAAAAACAAGAAACAAUUAACAUUUAAAAACAUGUUACAAAUACAUAUAAUUUCAAACUUGAACAAUUUAUUUUGAGCAAAAAUAAAUUUAUUUUCUACCAUAACCUAACUAUAUAACUACAGCUAAGAGUCAGUUCAGUCUUUACUAAAAUAAAAUAAACAUUUGCACCACAGAAACACCUAAAACAAACACCACAAAUUGCAAGUGAAAAAAUAUCAAAUUUGAAACAUUGAAGUCAAUUUUUCUACAUAGACAUGUAGGUAUAAAACAAAGUUAAUCUAGGUUGGAAAACUGUCCCAGACAGUUGUUUGAUUUUUUUAAAUUAUUUUUACCAAAGUUGACAUCAUUACACUAGAAGAUAAACUAUCUGUAUUUUUCUAAUAAAGUGUUAAUUUCAAUGUCCACUUUUUCAUCCUAAAAUAGGAAAAUAUUAUUGAUCAAUCAAGGAAAUUUUUAAUUAAAUAAUUCAAAGACACUCACCAGACUAGUCCCAUGACUGUUAAUGGCCUUCUCUAGCCACCCCACAGCUUCUUCAUAUUCGCCCAUUGCAAUUUUACAUUUAGCUAUCAUCAAUUUAUUGUCUUUCCAUUCAAAGGGAGCUAGCUUUUCAGCUGCUAGAAGAUGUGAACAUGCUUCUUCAUAAGUAGCAGUUGGAGGCUCCCCAAAAAAUGCUGAAGCUACUUUUUU